AUGCAAAAAUACACAUGGUUCAAGGGGGGCCUCCAUGAAGCUGCUUCAAGAAUUGACAGGAUGUUGAUCACUGCAGAUUGGGAUGAUAGUUUCAAUAAUAUGAAACAGAUUCCCCUGCAAAGGAUUACUUCUGAUCACACUCCUAUUGCUCUACAAGGGGCAUCCUGGGAAAAAAAAGGAAUAGUUACUUUAAAUUUGAAAAUUGGUGGUUGGAUGAAAGCUUUAAAGAACAAACUCAAAGAAUGGAGCAAGAGUGAGCAGGGGAAUCUUGGGUCACAGAGGAAUACUUUGCUAAGGAAUUUGGCUGCUUUAGAAACAAUUGCCGGGAUAAGAAUGCUUACCCAUGAAGAGACAACAAAUAAAGGUGAAUUGUUGCUUGAGUAUGAACAUUUGAUUAAGAAAGAAGAAAUUUCUUGGAGGCAAAGAUCAAGGGCACUAUGGCUAAAGGAGGGAGACAGAUAUACUAAGUUUUUUCACAAGGUUCCCGAUGUUAACAAAAAGUACAACAGUAUAGACCAACUUUGUGUGAAGGAGAAAUAA